UGAAGUGAACCAGGAACCAGGAAACAGACGGUCCAGGAACAAACAACCAGCUCAUCCGCUCUUCGUGCCCCUCCUGUACUCGACCGGCACUCUCCGGGCGCACCUGUUGGGACCCCGGGACAGACUCACCUGUCGGGACAGACUCACCUGUCGGGACCCCGGGACAGACUCACCUGUCGGAACAGACCCACCUGUCGGGACAGACUCACUUGUCGGGACCCCGGGACAGACGCACCUGUGGGGGCAGACCCACCUGUCGGGAUCACCUGUUGGGCAUCACCUGUAGACCAGGCUCUGCCGUGGGACAAGUGGACCUUCCCAGCUCUGAAUCGCUUUGCUCGGGAUCCCAUGGCGUCGGGCCGGGAUGGAGGCGAGUCGCCGACACCGGGGCUGAGUCCGGCCGUCCCGGGCGAGAGCCCGGCCGUCCCGGGCGAGAGCGAGCAGAAGGCGGCAGCGAGCCCGGAACCUGCCCUCGUCCUGCGGGAGUCCAGACUCAGGAAAUUCUUCGUGCUCCGGCCUGGGAUGUUCGAGCAAGCCUUGGCCGACAUCACAGCCCAGAUAGACCAGCAAGCAGAUGGAGAAGUACAGAGCACCUGGCUCCUGACUGAGGUGGAUCACUGGAACAAUGAAAAGGAACGCAUCGUAAUGAUCACCGAGAACUCCCUGAUCAUCUGUAAAUACGACUUUGUGAUGCUCAGUUUCGAGUCCUGUCGUAAAGUUCCCCUGAACUACAUCGACAAGAUGUGUUACGGCCAACUCACCUUUCCGGAAUACUCCAUCAGCAGGAAAGAAGCUCAUGGGCUGCGUAUUCACUGGGACAAACUGCGUGAGGCUUCCUUCUUCUCCCGCUGGAAUCCCUGGAGCAACGAGAUUCCAUACACAACCUUCAUUGAGCACCCGGUGAAAGGAGCCAACGAGAUGUUCACCAGCAUCUGCCAGCUCGAAAACUUUAAAGACCAGCUAGCUCGAGCUGUCCAGAGAGCCUAUGAAGUGGAGCCAGUUCCCGGCAGAGCCAAUGGGCUGAUUAUAUUGGAUCGUCCAAUCCCCAUUGAGACGUACAUUGGGGUCAUCUCUCUCAUUAGCAAUCAAAACAAGCUUGGCUAUUCGCUAGCUCGGGGCUCGGUGGGGUUCUAGUAUUGCUGCACCGUGUCCACACACCGCACCGCUUCCACACCGCACCGCUUCCACACCCUGCACCUGAUGCUGGGUUCUCCUGCAAGCACCUGUUCUCUAUCUGCACUGCAAUCAGUUCAUUGCCGUUCUAGAAUCAGCUGUCACAGACCUGGAUCAACUGGCAGAGUGACAAACUUCAUCAAAGCAACUUGUUCAAUUGAAUUGUGUUAAAACCCUGGUGUCCAAACUGCAGGCAAUUGUAGACCAUAGACCAUCCACAGCAGAGCCACAACAUGGGCAUGCUCUUGUGGUUAGAUAUUGCUGGUGGUCUUGUCCCUGGGUGUAUCCAUAGGCUCUCCCUAUGAUUCUGCCACUGGUUGGGAGGGGUCUUUGCCCACCAGGACUACAUGCUGGGACCUUCCAGGGGCACACCCUACAUCACCAACUGGUCUCUGCGCAGCCCCAGCCAACCUCACCUUGGGGUGCACCCUCACUGGCUGAGGUAGUACACAUACCCUUCCACACAUCAAUGUGGAUCAAACGCAGAGAGAGAGACAGACCCAAACAAACCAGCACCACAGCACACUGUUCCUCAGUGACAGACGUACAGCACAGGUUCUUCAAAACAGAACAAGAAACACACCCCCUUCACUGCCAAGUAACUCUGCAGAUGGAGCCAGAUGUCUUCUUCAGUUCAUUCCUGGGGACAAUAUGACACCAGAGUAAUCACCUCACAGGCUGUUAAAGCCCAACACAUUAGUGGGGUCCCUUGAAGGGGUUUGCUGAUUGGGUCGUCGCAUGAUUGCCUCCUCUGAUGUGUGUGAUUGAUGAGAGUCUAUAACUUAUUGACAUUGAUAUGGCGUACAGGACAAAUCUGUGUAACUCUGUAUGCUGGUCAAAUAAAGCAGGGUUCUGCCA